UCCUCCUCUUUUUCUUUCGCGCUCGAGUUUGAAAACUGCGGCAACCGUCAUGUCUCUCGGGGAAGCGAAACUGCAGGUCCCGCCGGCCCUCGCGUUGUACCUGAAAGAGAACCGUCUCGCCACGUUUACCCAGUGGCCCUUCGUCUCCGACUGCUCCUGCACUGCAGACAGGAUGGCUGAAGCUGGAUUCAUUCAUUGCCCUCGUGAGAAUGCUUCUGACGUGGCACAAUGUUUUAUAUGCUUUGAAGAAUUAGAGGGAUGGGAACCUGAUGAUGACCCCAUGGAGGAGCACCGUAAACACUCUCCCAACUGUGCGUUUCUUGCUCUAGAGAAAGACAUUUGUGACCUGACAGUAGAGGAAUUCAUGAAACUUCGUACAGAGAGGAUAAAAAAUAUGAUUGACAAAGAAAACAGACUUACGGAGUUGGAGAAAUAUGUUAAUCUGAUCCGUGGACAAAUAGAGCAGCUGCGUUCAUAAACUGUAUAUGCCAUUGGAUCUUUUUGAGUGUGUAAAUGGUAUUGAGAAAAAUUAAAACUUGAAUUGCUCAUUCUGUUGUUUAAGUUUAUGUUGUUUUUUGUAGUUACUUCUUAUUGAAUUUCUUCUGAUGUAUUUAUCAAUAAAUAUUCCUUUUUAUAAAAUACCAUGUUUACCAUGUUUUAAUCCUUUCCUGGGCAAAAUUGUUUGAAGGCAAACAUUACUCUCAGGUGCUAAAUGAAGCUCUGACCCAUUCUUGAAAAUAGGAUCAAUUGAGAAGAGCGAGUGAACUGCGUUCUUAGGAAACUGCUUUAUUUUGAUUAUGUCUUUGAUUCUUUGCAAUAGUCAUCCUCAAAGCAAUGGUACUGUAAAAGAGCAGGCUGCUUAGAAAAAAUGCAGACACUUGUAUUGCUUUCUUCGCCUCUUAUUUAAGCCUUCUCCCUGCAUCAGCACCGCAGAGUUGGCAAUAACGGUGCUACCUUUGAACAGAUCUAGGUGGAGAUAGGAGGGUGGGUGCG